AGGGAUACUCUCCAAACUGACUGGGAUUAUUUAAAGUUAAGAUUCAGUGGGAUAAUUAUUGGCUUCUAUGGAACGACAAGGGAGAAUGACAGAAUGGAAUGCCUAUAGAGUAUAAUGGAAAUUAAAAUACAAUCUCAUUUGCAGGGUGGUUUGAUAUUUUAUUUUUCUGGAUGGAUAACAUGAGUUACAAAGCCAAAAAAUGUGGCGUUCGGUUUGAGCCACCUGCCAUUAUCUUAGUGUAUGAGAAAGACGAGGAGAAAUCCAGACAACGUAUUAUGCCCGUCAGGAACUUUUCUAAAUUCUCAGACUGCAGCCGAGCAGCUGAGCAACUUAAAAACAACCCCCGGCACAGGCAGUAUUUGCAAGGUGUCUCCCUAAAACAGUUGGAAAAAUUAUAUAAGUUACUUAAAGGUCAUCUGAAAGGCGAGAGUCUAAACGUUAGCCUUGAUAUCAUCCGGAGGGAAGAAACCGUUGAUCCAGAAGAGGACCUGAACAAACUGGAUGACAAGGAACUUGCCAAGAAGAAGAGCAUCAUGGAUGAACUUUUUGAAAAGAACAGAAAGAAAAAAGAUGACCCAGACUUUGAGUACAAUGUUGAGGUGGAUUUUCCUCAGGACAGGAUGGUAGAAAGCUGUGGCUGGGAUGAUGAAUCUGAGGACGGCUUCUGACCACAGUCAAUAACACUAUGGACUUAUGUGUGGAAUGACACUACCGUUCUUUGUAACAGAUAUGUCCAGAUUUGAAGCACCAUGCAUCACAUUGCUUACCUUAUUACAUUACACAGCAGAAUUCACAAUUCUCCAGGGUUCAUACAGUAUAAAAGCAAACUGAUUGUUUUCAAACAUAUGAAAUAUCCUUUUAUUUCUCAGCCAAGUGUCAAGGAGGUGGAGUUGAGCUGCUCAAGUGUCAUAGCGUGGCACACCUACUUUCUCUCUCCCCCACCCCCCAAGAUCCUCCUUGACUAACACACAGCCCUGAAUGUCAGUAAAGAAGAGGCUGGAGUAUUUUUCCCAUUGUUCCCAGUGUGGGAAAGCUGCGGCCAGUUAGGUAUUUCUCCUGCAGUGACAGAAAUUGAAAUCCAUGAUUGGUUAGCACCAUAACUAAUAAUCUCUUUACCUUUCCUGGUUAACCCCACUCACUUUUUGUACCAAUUUUUACACCUUAAAAGUGUGACAAAUAUUAAUAAGUUAGGGGAGAUUUAUCACAACCCUUGCAGAGGAAAAGUGGUGAUGUUGCCCAAUGCAACCAGAUGGCUUCUUUUAUUUAAAAAAAAAAAAAUUGUGAAAUAAGCAAUCUGAUUGGUUGCUAUGGGAAGCAACACAACUUUUCCUCUGUACAGGUUUUGAGAAAUCUACCCCUUCAUGUUUUCAAGAUCUCUCCUUGCUGUAAAAGGAAAGGGAACAUUGGUAAAGGGGAUAUCCAGAAAUAAAAAAAUCUGAUAUAAUUUAUUUCUCAUUUCAUUCACUUGAAUGGAACUGAGCUGCAAAACCACACCCAACCUAAGGACUAGACUGGUAUAAGUCUUUUGUGUAAAACUCUCACGUGCAUUGUACUGUACUAGGUUACGGAUGUUUAGUGUUGAAUUUGCAAAUAAUAUACUAAGUAAACUGCAUUCUAAUGACAUUAUAUUAAAGGAGUACUCCGCUGCAAUGUUUUAACAUUCUAUUGUGCUGCGAAAAAGUUAAAUAACAAACUUUAACUCUUUUUCUGCCGCUCCCCUGGAGUGCCGAUAUCGCUCUUCUGCCUUCUGGGCCCAGCCUUCUUCUGCAUCUGAGAGACCGAUGCGUCACACUACGAUCAGCUUAUCAACAGCUGCAGUGA